AUGUCAGAAUUUGUCCCAAGAUGGUGCUCUGGUGAGACAAAAAGAAAGAAGAAAGAAGAAGAAAAUAUCAUGCGACGACGUCGAGGUAUUGAUUGUAUCGUCCACAUGGCGGUUGAUAAUCCUGUUCCACCAAAUCUUCGCAACGCCAUGCGCCAAGACAAAUCUGAAACUCUGAAGGUCAUCUCGUGUUCGUGA